UACCGGAGCUAGAUUUCUUUUCACAUUUUGACGUGUAUUUUUUUAUGCUAAGCUAGGUUCAACUUGUUUUGUAGUGGUUUAGCAGCCUACUUUCAUUUUUUCCACGUCGAAAAAUAAGCUCAAUAAGUUAGAAUAAGGCCAUGGCAUCUAAAAUUGUUAGAAAAAUCAUCAGCUCAGCAAAAGCCCCUAAAGCUGUCGGACCAUACAGUCAAGCAGUACAAGUGGACAACACGCUGUACAUCUCUGGUCAAAUUGGGUUCAUCCCAGAAACAAUGGAAAUUGUUCCAGGCGGGGCUGUAGCAGAGGCUGAUCAGGCAUUGAAAAAUAUGGGGGCGAUAUUAGAAGCAGCUGGAAGCUCUUUUGAAAAUGUGGUGAAAACAACAGUAUUGCUUCAAAGCAUUAAUGACUUUGCUGCUGUUAAUGAAGUGUAUUCAAAAUAUUUUCCAAACAACAAACCAGCAAGGGCAGCGUAUCAGGUGGCUGCAUUACCAAAAGGAGCCAAUGUGGAGAUAGAAGCCAUUGCUAUGGUGGGUGAAAUAGUUGAUGCCUGACUCUCAACUUCACAUCCAGCCAGCAAAAUGUAGGACUUGAAAGAUUACUGAGAGGAUUUAAUUCACCCCCACAGUUUAUAACUAAUCAGAAUUCUGCUACAAAUAUGUUACUUUUCUAUAUAAAAAAAUCAGAUAUUUGUGGUUGUUUUGUUCUCAUUUAAAGAGGUUUGAAAUAGUGCCUUAUCUUUAAAAAAAAACUUUUGAACUAGUCUUAGUGAUAUAUUCUUUUUUGUCAUGAUAAUGUACUUCUUUUCAUCGGUUCAUUGUCAUUAAUAUUUAUGUCAUUCUUUAUUAACUGUUUAAUGUGAAUUGUACAAUAUUUAGGUGUUGAAACUAUGCAUUUAUCUUGUUUUAGGUAAUGUACAUUUACAUUGUAUUCAAGGUGAAUGAUUUAAUGCAGUAUUACAAUGAAUAAACUAUGGAAUAAUCAAA